AAAUGUUUGUAGCAGAGUCAAGAGCAUAACGUUUCAUUCAGAAUCACUUCACUGCAAAAAAGCGAAUUUCAACAGAAAAAACAACAAUAUGGAAGCCAUAGCAAAAACACUUUACUCGAUAGUCAACUCACCUCAAUUCGACAAGGAACAGCUCUGUGGAGAAAAACUUAAGCUAUCGCAAGCAUUUUGCUUGCUUUGGCACGAUGCAAAGUCUGGAGACGUUUGUGGAAGACAGUGCAGCGAUGAAAGCAAUGCAGGUGUACUUGCUGCCAUGCUUGUUGAUCUAGCAGCCCUCGACAAACUCGAGUUCUUCAAGGAUACAAAAACCUGCGUGUUAGGACUCAAGUGUGAUUCUAUUCUUCUGAAGGUCAAUGAUACCAAGCCUACAGAGACCUUUCUCGACGCUGCUAUAUUUGACAAAAUACUUGAGCUUCAGCGUCAGAAUCCUCACAAACCAAUCGUAGUAAAAGAUUUGCUGAGCAAGUACAGAAAAGAAAGUGGAACCAUCGCUUUGGACAGUUUAGUCAAACUUGACAUUCUUGGCUUAGAGAUCGAGAAAUGCGGUAGCCACAAAUAUCCUACUCUUAAGACUGGAAUUUCAGAAGAUUUGAAAUCACAACUUCGCGCCUUCGCGUUGGACGGCGCCGAGCCCAGCAGUUACCUCAGAGCUUUGCUUACAUUAGCGCGUUGUUCAGACAGCGAACAGAUUGGAGCUCCUGUACUGAGGAAACACUUUACCCAGGAAGAGUACUACUGCAAAAAGGCCAAAGAGAACUUAAACGCAUUAGUGAAAACUACAAAGAAAUGCAAUUGCAAAUGUAAUGCUGAAAAGAAAUAAUCCUGGAAAAUAUUCCUCUUUUGAAAUGCGAACUCGCGCACUCUCUAGUCGUGCUCCCAGUUUUUUUAUAUUAUAUGGGAUUGGUUGAAUAUAGGCAAACUAUUGGUUCAUGUUGUUUUUUCUUUUAAAAAUGUAUUUAGCAACAUAGCUCCACAAUUUGCAUUUCAUAUUUUAGAAAAUAAAUUAAAUUUAAAAUAGUCUUACACAGCACGAGGCGAUUAUAACAACAAUAGCUCAAUGUUUUGGCUGAAAACGUUCUCUUGAAAUACAUAUAUUCUCACUCAAAGAACAUAAAUGUAGACAUAAUUUACGUACUCAAAUGCUCUACGAAGUUGUAUCCACCAUUUAUAUACAUCAAUAAUAUUGUAAAUUUAUUUGAUUAUGAAACAGAUUAAACUUCUUAUAAACAUA